GCUAAAUGGGUUUUGCGUCCAAAUUUGGCGUUAGCCAUUCACAAAAUGCAGUUUCGUCUUCACGCGUGAAUUCCAUUUCCCGAUUUUUAUUGCACCACAAAUUAGGAAGCCGCCAGAUUGGGCUGUUUGUGAAUUAAGAAUUUUUUGUUUUGUAGGGAAUUUUUGGACUAAUUUUGGGUAGAGUGAGCAGUUGUUGAUCUGGGGGUGCAAGACGGGAGAGGCAAAAUCCUCUCUCUGAGUCGCUCUGAGAAGAGGUUCGUCUCCAUUUUCAUCUCCAUCUUCUUUCAAAUAUUAUUAUUUGAAAGCAAGAGCUGUAUGAUAGGGAGAUGAGCUGCUUCUCUUGCAUUAGUCAUCGUCGCACAGAUGCCAGCAGAGUCCAAAUUGAUAAUGCUCUUCGAUCUACCUCUUCUUCCGGGGCUGGGCGGUCUAAGUCUCAUGCCCACAAUGACGACGACGGAAGCAAGGGAGGAUCCUCAGACGAGAAUGGGAAGAACGGCGUCUCCGUCAGCCCCAAAAGCAGCGCAGCUCGUAGUUUCACUUUCCGUGAACUUGCAGCUGCAACCAGGGGUUUCAAGCACGUGAAUUUGAUUGGGGAAGGAGGUUUCGGAAGGGUUUACAAAGGACGUCUUGAAACAGGCCAGCUUGUUGCUGUCAAACAAUUAAAUCACGAUGGUCAUCAAGGUUUUCAGGAAUUCAUAGUGGAGGUUCUCAUGUUAAGCCUUCUACACCAUUCUAAUCUUGUCACCUUGUUUGGUUACUGCACCGAUGGGGAUCAAAGGCUUUUGGUUUACGAAUAUAUGCCUAUGGGUAGCGUGGAAGAUCAUCUUUUCGAUUUGAAACUAAAUCAAGAGCUGCUAAGUUGGAAUGAUCGGAUGAAGAUUGCUGUUGGAGCUGCCCGAGGGCUUGAGUACCUUCAUUGUAAAGCAAAUCCACCUGUUAUCUAUAGGGACUUGAAAUCUGCGAACAUAUUAUUAGAUGAUAACUUCAACCCAAAACUCUCAGAUUUUGGGCUUGCUAAACUUGGUCCUGUUGGGGAUAAUACUCACGUUUCAACUAGAGUGAUGGGAACAUAUGGUUACUGUGCCCCAGAGUAUGCCAUGAGUGGCAAAUUGACUCUUAAAUCUGAUAUCUAUAGCUUUGGUGUGGUUUUGAUGGAGUUGAUUACUGGACGAAGGGCAAUAGAUGUCAGUAAGAAACCAGGGGAGCAAAACUUAGUUGCAUGGUCUCGACAGUUUCUCAAGGAUCGGAGAAAGUUUGUACAGCUGGUUGAUCCUCGUCUUGAAGGACAAUUCCCCUUGCGCUGUUUGCAUCAUGCGAUUGCUAUCACUGCAAUGUGCCUCCAAGAGCAACCAAAUUUCCGCCCACUUAUCGGUGACAUUGUUGUUGCACUGGAAUACUUGCACUCGCAAAGUAAAGCCUCGGAAGUCCAUAAAGGUGGGGAGCAAUGUCUGUCAUCUCGACCACCGUCACAACUGGACAAAUGUUGUUUGGUGGAAUCAAAUUCUAGAUUGAGGUCAACUUCCGCCUAAGAUUUUGAGUAGAUAUUUCCAUCUCAGUCUAAAACUAUUGCUUAAUCGCAACGGACAUGGAAUCUAUUCCUGUACAGGCGUAAUCAUUCAUGGGUAACCAUCACUAAUUUCACGCCAUUUCAACCAAGUGAGGGGAUAUUUAUUUCAGUGGAUUCUAGCCCCGACCCAAACCGUCACUUUGGCGUGCUAGUAGUUUCCGGACUUCCAGCGAAUGUCAAAGUUGUGAUAAAAAUUGGAAGUUGAUUGUGUUUCUGUCUCUUUUAAUUACUGCGAGUAACCUCUGGGGAUGCAUGAUGGUUAAAAAAAAAAAAAAUCUGAGAGAGAGGAAGGAAAAUGCUUAGCAUGAAUAAGGAGGCUAUGUUUUCCCCACUUUAUGGUAUGAGUGUGGGUAUCGUUUGAUUCGAGUGGUAAGUAUGGGCAUAACCCGCUGUGUUGCGCAUUGGGGGCUUGCAUUAGUCAUAGAUCAUGUUGGAUUGGCAACGCCCAAAAUAAUGGUUAAUGAUCAUACGGUGAAACUAAAAUAAUUGGAUCAACAGCUAGGGCAUCGGAUAGCUUGGGACUUGUUUGGUUCAUUCAAUUAUUAAUAAUCAGGACUUCAUUCCCGCA